CUGAUUUCAACUGUCCUCGAUGCUCACGCUGUACGUGACGCGCUGCGCCGGAGCUCGCCGCCGGCUGUCAUUGAAAAUGAAUGACUUCCGGCCACUUUGACACUCUCGCUGGUGGCGGUCUGAAUGCAAAUUCAUAACAGGUCCUUCCAAUAUGGAAAAAAAAGCCAAAUCUGAAGUUGAAGGUUACUUGCACAACAUCUCUGAAAUAUGCCAAUCAAGAGAUGAUCAACAGUAUUUCACCGGAUUAUUACAAGAGGCUGAAAAGAACAGCCGUGUAGUAAUCUUUAAAACACGCCAGCACAACAUUUUUGUGAAUGCAGAAAAAGACAGAACUCCAGUCAAAUUAUGUAACAUCAGCUUUUCACCAUCUCGACAAAUUAAAGGAGACAUGGACAUAAUGGUCAAUAACAGUUCAUCAUUAAAAUGUGUCCGUCGGCUGUCAUUUGCCUUUGAAGAAAAGCUGCAGGAGACCAUUCAACACCAGAAACUGAAAAAUAUCCAAGAAGACCCCAGAGAAUAUCAAAGGGUCAACAUAACUGCAAAAGUUAUCAUGCUGACAGAGGAUUGUCCCGGUGUAACAAGAUCUGGAUAUAACCUAAGAAAAAGAUUGUACGCCAUUGCAGAUGAUACUGCAAGCAUGUCCCUUUGUGUCUGGGGUGAAACACAUUUAGAAAUUGGCAAGUGGUACACAAUCAGCAAUGCGUCAGUAAGACAAAUUCUGUCUACAACAUGUUUGAGCACAACUUCUCAAACUACAAUUACCCUUAUGCCAGAUCAGAAAUGUGAAGUCGCAAAAGUUGUAGACGAUACCAGGACAACGGAGGGACAGGUCAUGACUGCCGAGGUGCAAAGUAACUACCUUUGCCCAAAGCAGCAUUUGCUAGAAAAUGUAAACAUGACCACAUCUAUCACCAGAUGUCAAAAAUGUUCCGCAUAUUGUAAAACACAAUCAAUCACGAAAGUGUUUAAGGCUAAAAUAACAAUCAAAGGAAAUGACGGUAAAAUGUCUGACUUCAUGAUCGAUGAUAAUGUCCUGCGCAACCUUCUCAAUAUACAGCAAGAUAGUAACGUUAAAGAGGAGGUUUGGGCUGCAAAAAUACUGGAAUCAGACACUUUCCAAGUUAAACAUAGAAAAAAUAGAGUAACUGAAGCGUACUUCUUGCCAAAUUCUGAGGUUUCUUCAGAGCAACGUUCAACAGAUGUGACCAACGUUCAAGAAACGACUGACAUGCCAAAUGAGCCCAUGCUCGAACAAUUGUUCAACUCUGCAAAUGAUACUGCAGUAGAUUCAGAAGAGAACAUAACAAAUACGAUAAACAAUGCAAGUACAGAAAAUCAAGUGAACACAGAAGGAACAACUGACAUAAUGCCAAAAGCAGUGGCUCAGUACAGCAACCUGUCAAAAUGUGACAUCACCCCAAAACCAAAAAACAAAACCUAUAAAAAAAACACCAAGGGAAAUAAUGCGUAAAUAAGAUUAAUUUACACAUUUGGUGCAAACAAAAUUUUCUGUUUACACAGCAACUAACUUUUUCUAUUUUCAACUGUUCAUAUUGCAUUAGAACAGACAUAAUUGUUCACAUCUUGCCUUUCAUUUUACCUAAAAAUAAUUUCUUCUAUUUCAUGUGAAAUAACAAAUGUUUUAUAGGAUCACACAUUCAAGUUUUCCACAUUAAACAAAAAAAAAGGACAUUUUAAAGCCUAUUGUCCUUAUUACAAUUAUAUGGCCUAUGGCAAGCUCUUUUGUUCAAGUUGACCCAAUCAAGAUUACUUAAUAACAUGUUAUUACCAAAGUGUCAUUUCAUUUUUCUGCAUAAUCUAAAAUUACACAAUUUCAUUUGUCUCAAUAAUAGUUGAGUACAUUAGUCCAAAAAAGAACAAUAUGUCAUUUUGGUUAUUGUGAAUUUUCUUUAUUAUAUUUGUACAAAGACAGUAUAUUUCAGUUGUAUUUUAACAAAAUUAUGCUUA